CGUGGCAGAGAUUAUUCGUGGCAGCUCGUGCCCCUCCAGCCAUGAGUCGGGACUCUGGCACGAAGCGCCCAGUAGAAGAGUUGCAGCCAGAUGCAAGCCCUGAGAUCUACGCUUGGGACACUCGACAAGUUGCCGACUUCUUGAAGUCCCUGUCCCUGGAGCGUUGGCUGCCCCUGUUUUGCGACACCGAUGGAGCCACACUCAGCCAGCUCUCAGAAAAUGAUUUGAAGGAAAUUGGCUGCGCCGAGUUGCUCCCACGCAAGAAGCUUGCGGGUCACAUUGCCAAGCUGAAGCUUGCGGCCGAGAGGUGCGCAAGGCAGACAGAGGUGCUUCCGCGUGAUACGCAGGAACUGGUGCUCGCGCUUCAAGACGGAGUAGAGGUCGCUGAGGUCGCUGUGGCUGAGGCUGCUGAGGGAGCUGAGGGAGCUGAGGCAAGAGAAGACAAGACUUUGCAGAUCAUGGCAGAGGAGCGGGAGAGGCUGCGGAGGCUGAGCGAAGAAAUCCGCGAGAGCGUGUGCCAGCUGCGCAACACCUUGGAAGAGCAGAGUGAGAUCUUGAAGGCGAAGCCGUCUUCUGGGAUAGCCUUGCAGUUGGCAAACGAGUGCUUGGAAGAGCUAUUCGGCGCCAAUGCAGCCAUGGUGCCAGAGCCAGUGCAUAUUCCCCUGUUCGGGAACACCGGUGCCGGAAAGAGCACCCUUCUGAAUGCAGUUCUGUGCCAAGAAACUGUGCCAACUUCAGGGUGGCGUUCUUGCACUGCUGUCCCCGUGGAGCUGGUUCCCGACCCUGAAGCCCAAAGUUUCGUCGGGGAAGCUUAUCUGAAGAGCUGCUCUGAAUGGAGGGACGAAGUGGAAACCUUAUUGGGAGAUCUUCUCAUGUCUGACCGCGUCCGGGUGUCCCGGCGGGAGCCGGUGCGUGGUGGCGAGCCAACGCCAGCAGCCCUGGCCUAUGACACUCUGCGCGCCGUCUACCCGCUCGCCUUUGACAACUUUCACCCAUGGCCCAACACGCAGGCGGCGCUUGGCGAAUUGAGCCGCGUAACCAACCGGGUGACCAGGCAGCACCGCGCGUCCCAAGUUCUGAAGUUUUCGAACACGCGCAGCUUCGAGCUCACCAGUGAGAUCUUGGAUUUCGUUGACAGCCCAGAUGGUGAACACGUGGCAGCCUUCUGGCCCUUGGUCCGGAAAGUUCGCAUCCGUGGGCCGUUUCAGUGUCACCCCCGGGUGGUCCUUGUCGAUGCGCCAGGCGUCCAGGAGUCCAACUCUGCACGGGCUUCUGUGGUGAAGCAGCUGCUGGAAGACGCCGGCGGUGUGGUCAUAGUGUCGGCCAUCAAGCGUGCAGCCACGGAGAAGGUUGCGCAAGAGAUGCUUGGGGAACGCUUCCGGCGACAACUGCUGAUGGAUGGUCACUAUGCCGGCAACUUGGCCUUUGUUGCCACCUGCACGGAUGAUCUGACACUGUCCGAGCUGCGGAAGAACCUGAAGGUUGGCGACGAAGUGCCUCAGCACGAAGCUGCCAUGAUGCGCAACACCCGAACAAAGCAGCGGAUUCUUGCGGACACCUUGUCGGGGGUCCGUCGCAUCCAGUCCCAGGGUGACAGCGCCAGGAGCAGCAACGAGGAGCUGCGAGCCCGGGGGAUCUUCCCUGCGGUCUUCACCACCUCGGCGCGUGACUACCAGAAGCUACGCGGACUGCUUGACACCAAAGUGGAUGGCGCAGCUCGUGUUUGGUCCCGAGUCGAGGACACGGAGAUCCCGGCGUUGAGGCUUUGGCUACACGCGCAAGGCCAAAAGGCAGACCUGGCCGCAAUCCAGAACACCAUGGAGAAGGUGAAAUCUGUUUGUCGGAGGCUUGGUGACGCCGUUGCUCGAGAAGAAGAAGAUCUCACCCAGCGCUGGACGGCGGAGAUUCGCGAGAAGGUGCAGGAGGUCAUGGACGGCGCUGUCCAGAGUUGUGCCAGGCAGGCGUGGCUGAAGAUGAACUCCAGCCUCCUGGAGCGCAUUGGAGUCGGACAGCGGGAAGCCACGGAGGCCGCUGCUGUGAGCUUCGAGCAGCGGUGCCGCCCGCAGGGCCAGGGCGGUCUUCACUGGGGCACUUUCAAAGCCACCUGCCGUCGCGAGGGGGAGUGGCGAGAGAACUUCAAUGAGAUGCUGGCAGACCCGCUGAAUCGAGCGAUCGCUGUAGAGUGGGAUGGGGUGCUGAAUAGAUUCCUCCCGCAGUGUGUGCAACACGCGCUGGACAAUCUCUGCACUGAGCUCAUGGCAUUUCAGCAGACGCAUCGCCUCCCGAAGCCAGCCUUCGACGAGACUGCCGCCUGGCUGCGGAGCCAGUCGCAAUCCAUGAAGAUGACGGUGCAGCAGAGGCAGAUGAAGCUCAGCCGGCAGAUCAAGGACACUUUGAAGCAGCUAAUGAUCCCCAGCUACAACCAGGCCGCAAACGUCAGCGGCACGGGAACGGACGUUCGCCAGAAGCAGAUCAUCCGGGACCAGGUGACAGGGAAAGGCGCCACCAUGUUCAAGAGCGCUUGUUCCUUUCUUGGGGACGAGUUGAGUGAGCUGCUGGCAGCACUGGAGGCAAGCAUGAAGAGUUUAGUGAACAGAGCUGUGAUCCGACUGGAGCAGUCCAUGGUGAGGCUAUUUGCAAAGGGCAGGGAGAGUGAGGCAUUGAAAGCUUUGUGCGCGGCUUGCGCGGAACCGGCUGCAAAGGCUUUGAGAAGCCUGGUGGAGCGCAAUGGGAUGUGGCAGGAGUUGAAGGACCGUGAAGCUAAGCAGUUAACGUUGUUCUUUUUGUUUGUGGCUCACAUCGAAACCUACGUUCGGGGGCGAUCGAAAUGCUGGCAACCAGAGCAAGCGGCGCAUUUGCGUGAGUCUCGGGCGUACAGGCCGCGUUUGAAAGGCUGAGUAAAACGCACGCCAUGCCCUUUGCCUUUUGCCUUCACGCCCCGCCCUUGUCGGGGAGAGGAUCUGGCAGUGAAGAAGGAGAAUUUCUGCUUGGAGACUCCGAUGGAGGCCGCCCCACAGGCGAGCGAGGUCCCGAACGAAUUUCUUUGCCCAAUUUCUCAGCAAGUGAUGGAAGAUCCAGUCAUCACUGCAGAUGGCCACACCUAUGACCGUGCUCAAAUUGAGCGUUGGCUGCGCGAUCAGGCCACAUCGCCGAUUACAGGUGAGCAACUCCAACACAAGAACUUGGUGCCCAAUCACAGCUUGCGCAAGCUCAUCAUGGACACGGUUGCUGAUGCUGGCCGUACGAGUCAGAGUGCGAUCGAAGCUCCACUACCGUCAGGCCCCGAUGUCUCGAAUGUGACAUGGCGAGGACCGGAGGAGCAACAGGCGUCGCAGGAGCCGCAGGAGCCACAGCUAGAACGCCCGCAGGAAGAGCCGCAGAUGUUUGAGGAGCUGGACGAGCUGCAGCACGAGCUGGAGGAUGGCCUGGAUAACCUGCAGCCUCCAGACCAUGACUUGCAAAGCGACCCAAGGUCCGACGAAAUGGCGGAUUGCCACGAAACCAACCAUGUCUGGGAUUCUGGCAGCGAAGCGGGCAAUGAAGGUGCAAAUAUCGUGGAUGACGAUAACAUGGGCUCUGCCGAUGAGGAUGAGUGCCAUGAGGCGAAGGAUGCCAGCGAUGCAGAAAGUACCAAGACUGGGGGCACUGAUGGCUCAGAUGUGCCACGUCAGGCUGGCCCGGAAGACAUGGAGGUCGAUGCCCAAGAUGUCAUGGAUGGGACGCCCGAAUGCCUUGAGGAUGGAGGAGAGGCUUCCGAGGCCAAUGAAGUGAACCUGCCAGACCACAGCAGACCUCUUUUGAACGGAUUUCGCGCGUGGAUAAGGAGGAGAACCUUAGCUUGAGCCUGCAGGAGCAUAGGCCUAUGCAGGAGACUUUUAAGGGGGAGUGUGCUCCCGAGGGGUGUUGAGGAGCACGCAAACAAGUGUGCUGGUCUGGAUUCAUUUAUCCUGGCCAGAGCCUUGUUCAGAUUAUCCUGUGGGGAUUGGAUUUGCAGUUG